AUGGCGAGUGAAAGUGGUGAUGAUCAACAGCUGAAGCUGUAUUCCUACUGGAGGAGCUCUUGCUCCUUCCGUGUCCGAAUUGCUCUCAACUUAAAAGGGCUCAAAUACGAGUACAAAGCUGUAAACCUGUUGAAGGGAGAGCAAUUCAGUCCCGAGUUUACAAAGCUCAAUCCUAUCGGCUAUGUGCCAGUGCUUGUGGAUGGGGACAUUGUUGUUGCUGACUCGUUUGCCAUCUUAAUAUAUUUAGAGGACAAGUACCCUCAGCAUCCAUUGUUACCUCAAGAUCUUCAGAAAAAGGCCAUCAAUUACCAGGCUGCAAAUAUCGUUUCCUCAAGCAUACAGCCUCUACAGAAUCUGGCUAUACUGAAGUACAUUGAAGAAAAAGUUAGUCCCGAAGAGAAACUUGAAUGGGCUAAAGUUCAUAUUGGAAAAGGCUUUGCAGCUCUUGAAGAACUGCUGAACAACUAUGCGGGGAGAUAUGCAACUGGGGAUGAAGUUUUCUUGGCAGAUUUGUUUCUAGCACCCCAGCUUUAUGCAGCCAUUGGAAGGUUCCAUGUAGACAUGACUCAGUUUCCCCUUUUGGCCAGGUUGCAUGAGGCAUACAGUAAGAUCCCAGAAUUCCUAGAUGCUCUACCAGAAAACCAGCCAGAUGCUCCUUCUUCAUAG